UCUCUCUCUCUCUCUCUCUCUUUCUCUCUCUACAUACACAUCCAUUGUAUCUAUCUACACCGUCUCUAUAUAAACCCCCUUCCCAUUCAUCAUUGGCUCCAACACCAUUUUCUUUCAUUCUUUCAUUCUUUCCUUACAAACCCAAUUCGCAUUGCCAGAUUUGAAUUUGAAAUCAUUGUAGUGUUGAAUUGGAUUGUGAUUGAUUUUGAGCUAUGGAGAUAGAUUGGGCUUGGUUCAUGAACUACAUGCAAGGGAUGGUGAAGCCAGUUCUGGCCUUGGUUCUUGUGCUCCUUGCUGUGAUUUUAUCCUAUAUGCAGAGGCUAGGUUUGGGGACUGAAAUGCUCUAUUCAAUUUUCAGGGCUUUUCUUCAGCUCACCAUCAUUGGGUUUGUUCUUGAGUUCAUUUUUAAUCAGAACAAUGCUGUGUGGAUCCUCUUUGCUUAUCUUUUCAUGGUUUGCGUUGCCGGUUAUACAGCAGGCCAACGUGCCAAACACGUUCCUCGUGGGAUGUACAUUGCAGGCGUCUCCAUUCUUGCUGGAACUGCAGUGACAAUGUUCCUGCUAGUUAUUCUGAAUGUUUUCGAGUUCACUCCGCGGUAUAUAAUCCCUGUGGCAGGGAUGAUUGUUGGUAAUGCAAUGACAGUCACUGGAGUUACCAUGAAACGACUCCGGGAUGAUAUCAAAAUCCAAACGAACCUGGUGGAGACAGCGUUGGCUCUCGGGGCUACCCCACGCCAGGCGACAAUUCAACAGGUGAGAAGGGCUCUGGUCAUUUCCCUCUCCCCGGUAUUGGACAAUGCCAAAACCGUGGGCCUCAUAUCACUCCCCGGUGCAAUGACCGGCCUCAUCAUGGGAGGAGCUUCGCCUCUGGAGGCCAUUCAGCUGCAGAUUGUGGUGAUGAACAUGCUCGUUGGGGCAUCGACUUUUAGCAGCAUCAUGUCGACAUACCUCUGCUGGCCCACCUUCUUCACCAAGGCCUACCAGUUAGAAUCCAAAGUCUUUACUUCUGAUUGAGAUUGAUUUUUGUUUUAGUCCCAUUGCUCUUCCCUCUCAAAUUGUGGUAACAAUUCUUUAAUGGUGUAGUCAAUUGAUAUGAAUGCUUUAGGAACUUGUAGUGUUGAUGUUUGGUGUAAUCCGGUGUCGGUGUGACAUCCAAAAAAAAAAAAAAAAAAAAAUUGAUUACCAUGCCAAUGGCUAUGCAAUUUCAAGCCAAGGUGGUUAGAAUUAUAUAAUUUGGCUCUAGUUACUCUGUUUCUCCAAUGGUAGAUUUUAUUCCACGAUUGUUCUAGCAUUUUCGUAA